AUGUGCGCGUUGGCUCUGCCUUGCCAGCUGCUUCUGGCUGCGGUGGUUCUCGCGCACUGCCGCAGCAUCGACGUGAUGGAGGAGCAAGUUCGCCACUUCACCAUUGAGCAGUCCAAGUCUUUCUGCUGCCGCUCUGGUCACAUUGAUAGGCGGACGGGCCGGCCGGUUCCUUGCGACCGCAUCAUCAUGGUUCGCUGUAUCUCCGAAUGGUUUGGAUCCACAGAGUCUUUUGAGUCACUUGUUCAAGACAAGCUACGGACGGUUUUGGUCCACCAGCUUGCGAACCACGUCUUCUCGUACUCUCGCAUUGUGCAGGCGAUGAGUCCCACUAUGUGGGUCGUCUUCGACAUGUGGACCGGCCAGUGGAUAGCUGAUGGCUACGACUUAGCAAUGUUACUGGAGAUAGCUGCUGGAAUCAUUUUGUACGGCCUCUUCUUCCUGCCCUCCAACUGUUUGGUUCUACUUCGAUUGGCCUACAAGGCUCGCCACCUAUCAUCAAGGACAUCUGUGCAAGCGCUGCUCUCUGCAGGGUUAGUAGCAACAGGCGCGCUGAUGUUUGGCCUCUUCGUGAUGGCAGAAAGAUCUCUUGCCUAUUUUGUCGGCCAUGUGUUUGGGAACUCGGUAUACGCAAGCGCUGUCACGCUGCCGGUCAUGGGCUUGGUCACCGUUCUGUUGUGGCGAUGCAUGCCGUCUGCUGAAAUAGUCUGA